CAGGGGUGGAAGACUGGUCCUUGUAAGACGCUACAAUGCCGGGGGUGAUAAAUAUGGACGAGUUGACAGAUGUGGAUAAGGCUAAAAUGGAAAGAGACCAAAAGAAGAUUGAAGUCAAGCUUGAGAGAUGGCUGACGUCUAAGUGCUGUACUGAGUUUAUGGAGGCCGUUCAGGCCGGUGUGGAAGACGACACCCUGGUCAAAGGCAUCGCAGAGGACAAGAACCCAUUCAAGGAGUUGAAAGGUGGAUGUGUCGUCUGCUGAAGAGGACAGGAGUCAGAACAGACAGAGGAGCUUUCCUUUCACCGAUUAGACCCUCUCUAGUGCACAAGGACAUUCCCCCUACCUAAGAAACAUUGCUGGAUCACCAUUAGCCAACCGAGAGGAAGCGAAAAAAAAAAAAAAAAAAAAAACAGAUGUACAUUUCUGAAUAUAUAAAUAUAAACCUCAUGAACCCAUGUAAAUGAAUCUCCCUGGAUUGAAGCAGUG